CAAUAAAUAGGACCUUGGUUUGCGCGUAGAAACUCUGCUAUUCUUACACAUCGAUUCCAUCGCAGAGCGAAAUGGCAAUGGCAGAGAGAGAGAUCGCGCUCACGGAAGAGCUGCGAUCGGUGGCGGAGAGGAAUCAGAAGCUGGAGAGGGCGCUGGCAUCGAGCAGGGCGCGCGAGGAAUCGCUGUGGAAGAAGAUCGAUCUCAUGAGGAUCGAGGAGCGGAAGCUGGAGGAGGCGGAGGAGCGUCUGUGCGCGCAGCUGGGGCAGCUGGAGGUGGAGUACAUGGAGCAGAGCCGAGCCCACAAGGAGCAAUUGGAGAUGGAGCGAUCGGCUCACUCGCGAGAUCUCCAGCGCUUGGCGGAGGAAUUUGCGGCGGUGGAGCGGAGACUGGAGGAGGCGCAGGCGAAGCUCGAGCUCUACGCCAGCAAUGGGGAUCGCCCGCGAGAGACGAUCCAUCGCCAGGAUCAAGGAUCGCUGCUCAAGAGCUCUGGAGAUCAAAAGCUCGGGAAGAAUGGAGGAGGCUUGGAGAGAUUGCUGGUGAUGUGGUCCAAGCCGGCUGUGGAGAGUUUUGCGUGAGAUUGAUGGAAUAGUUAGCUUGCAUUGAUAGAUCAUUGUACCUUUGUAGAUUGGGAAGAAACAAAAAUGGAAAAAAAGCUGUUGCGUGGUACCAAAAAAUCAUCCAUCAAGAUCAAGGAUAAAAAAACAAAAAAUCUUGGUACUUUUCUACUUCAUGCAACAAACAAGAACACCACAAAAUCACUCAAGAUCAACACUACGUUCUAAGGUUUUACUUUGUAAAAAUAUCGAAAUCAGAUCCAAACA